AUGUUUUUGCAGAAGACACUUACAACCUAUGAAGAUUGGCCUAAAGCAAUGGUAACAAAACAAACGUAUAGCGAAUGUGCAUUCAUUCUUCGUGGCACAGAUAGAGGAAGACCAGCAUGGCAUUGUAUUCUUGUUCCUGCUAGCCAAAUUGCUGAUCUAAAUGCUCAUCCACAAAAUACAACGGCCGAUAUCACAAAAUUUGGUAGUAUAAUUCAAUAUCUUAAUAAUCGAGAUCAAAUUAUACUGACAUCUGGAUGGGGAAUAGAUCCACCCAGAAUGAUUCAAGAAUGGAUAGAAGAACAUUAUAGUAAGAAAAGGCCAAUUUUAUAA